ACACUCCCAGCAUGCUUCGCCACACUCCUCGCAAUCCCAUGCAACAUCUUCCCCUCUCUCUCCUCUUUCUCUCUCCUCCCAAUCGCCAAUUUGUAGACUCUUUCUCUCUCUACCUCCAUUUUUCUCUCUCUCUUCUUUCGUAUGGUCCUGUUUCAAUAUUUCACUCUCUGACAACCUCUCUCUUCAAGAAUGGACGAUCGAUUAGAAGACGACGACAGGGACGCAUUGGCCGCCAUCACCGAUGCCCCACCGCACCGGAAAUCUCAAUCGUACAGCCAGCAGCUGCGGAACAACACCCCGAGCCACAACAUCCACCACCGAGUUCGGAAGCACAGCUACGAUGAAGACCAAAUCCCGAAGAACAUCGACCACGGUUACUACGAGUCCGACGACGACGAUUUCUACCCCUACGCCACCGGAAGCGGCGGCAGGGACUCCGUCGGAGGUGGCAUCGACGGUGGCCACAUUGAGCAGAGAAUAUCCGUUGACAGCUCCAAUGAGUCAGGGCAAGCGAUGCCGGAGGUCAUUGCGAAAGGUGGCGGCGCCGGAAUCUUCAAGGUGCCCACGCGCGCCGCCGUGCAUCCCGGCCGGCCGCCGUGCCUCGAGUUGAGGCCGCAUCCGCUGAGGGAGACUCAGGUGGGGAAGUUCUUGAGAACGAUUGGUUGUACGGACACACAAUUGUGGGCGGGUCAAGAAUCUGGGAUUAGGGUUUGGAAUUUCUCCUACGCGCACGAGGCGGGGAUAGGGAUGGGCGGUAGGGCGAGGAGAGGGGACGAGGAUGCAGCACCGUUCCACGAAUCAGUUAAUACUCCGCCCACCAUGUGUUUGAUAGUUGAUUCAGGGUGUAAACUGGUUUGGAGUGGACACAAGGAUGGAAAAAUUAGGUCUUGGAAGACUGAUCAGCCUUUGGAUGAUAAUCCUUUCAAGGAAGGUCUCUCUUGGCAGGCUCAUCGCGGCCCCAUUCUUUCCAUGGUGAUGACUUCUUAUGGUGAUCUAUGGUCAGGUUCUGAGGGUGGUAUUAUUAAGAUCUGGCCAUGGGAAGCCAUUGAGAAAUCUCUCUCUUUAUCGCCAGAGGAAAGACACAUGGCUGCUUUACUAGUGGAGAGGUCAGCUAUUGAUCUUCGGAGCCAAGUCACUGUUAAUGGUGUCUGUAAUAUAUCUUCUUCAGAUGUAAAGUGUUUAUUAUCUGAUAACAUCAGAGCUAAAGUAUGGGCAACUGGGUCUCUAUCCUUCUCAUUGUGGGAUGCUCGUACAAGGGAACUCUUGAAAGUAUAUAAUGUAGAUGGUCAGAUUGAGAAUCGAGUCGAUAUGUCAGCAGUGCAAGAUCAAGCAUCUGAAGAUGAGAUGAAUGUAAAGUUUGUUUCUAAAUCGAAAAAGGAGAAAUCCCAAGGUAUUAGCUUUUUGCAACGGUCACGUAAUGCUAUAAUGGGAGCUGCAGAUGCUGUUCGUCGAGUUGCAACAAAGGGCACAGGGACGUUUGUGGAAGAUACUAAGAAAACAGAAGCACUAGUGAUAACUAUAGAUGGACUGAUAUGGAGUGGAUGUUCAAAUGGCUUAAUUGUUCAAUGGGAUGGUAAUGGCAAUCGUUUGCAAGAUUUUCAUCACCAUCCUUUUGCUGUACAAUGCUUUUGCACUUUGGGGUCACAAAUAUGGGUAGGCUAUGCGAGUGGUAUGGUCCAGAUGUUAGACCUUGAGGGAAAUCUGAUUGCAGGAUGGAUUGCUCAUAAUAGUCCUGUGAUAAAAUUGGUAGUUGGGACUGGUUAUGUUUUUAGCCUGGCUACACAUGGUGGUAUACGUGGAUGGAACAUCAUAUCUCCUGGACCUCUUGACAACAUACUUCGCUCAGAAUUGGCUGGAAAAGAACAAAUGUACACAAGGCAAGAAAAUGUUAAGAUUUUAGUUGGUACCUGGAAUGUUGGUCAAGCAAAAGCCUCUCCUGAGUCACUUAUGUCAUGGCUGGGUUCUGCAUCAUCAGAUGUUGGCAUUGUUGUUGUUGGGUUGCAAGAAGUGGAGAUGGGCGCAGGUUUUCUUGCAAUGUCUGCAGCAAAAGAAACUGUAGGACUCGAAGGGAGUGCUGUUGGGCAGUGGUGGCAGGACACAAUUGGAAAGACCUUGGAUGAAGGAUCAACUUUUCAACGUGUAGGAUCUAGGCAGCUGGCAGCAUUGCUCAUAGCUAUCUGGGUUAGAAAGGAUCUUAGAACGAAUGUUGGCGACCUUGAUGUUGCAGCAGUUGCGUGUGGCUUAGGGCGAGCAAUUGGUAAUAAGGGCGGUGUCGGUUUGAGAUUAAGAGUUUUUGAUCGGAUAAUAUGCUUUGUGAACUGUCACUUUGCUGCACAUCUGGAAGCGGUCAAUCGCCGUAAUGCUGAUUUUGAUCAUAUUUAUCGAACAAUGGUUUUCAGCCGAUCAUCUAACCUCCUUAAUACUGCUACUGUUGGCGCCCCACCUUCUGUUCAAAUGCUUCGUGGUACAAAUAUUCCGGGAAUCGCUCCUGAAGAGGGGAGGCCUGAGUUAGCCGAAGCUGACAUGGUCAUAUUUUUUGGUGAUUUUAACUAUCGGCUUUUCGGAAUAUCUUAUGAUGAAGCAAGGGAUUUUGUUUCACAAAGAAGCUUUGAUUGGCUUCGAGAAAAGGAUCAACUGAGAGCAGAAAUGAAAUCUGGUAAAGUUUUCCAAGGGAUGCGCGAGGCACUCAUCAGAUUUCCUCCAACUUACAAGUUUGAAAGGGGAAAAGCGGGUUUAGGAGGAUAUGAUUCAGGGGAGAAGAAGCGCAUUCCAGCCUGGUGUGAUAGGAUACUAUAUCGUGACAAUCGUCCGGAUGCAGCAUCACAGUGCGGUUUAGAGUGUCCCAUUGUGUCUUCAAUUAUUCAGUAUGAGGCUUGCAUGGAUGUGACAGAAAGUGAUCACAAACCUGUCCGGUGCAAAUUCGAUUGUGAAAUUUCCCAUGUUGAUAGGUCUAUACGGAGACGAGAAUUUGGAAAAAUUGUCAAAUCCAACGAACAGAUCGCUUCUUUGCUUGAAGAAUUAAGUUAUGUUCCAGAAACAGUAGUUAGUACCAACAACAUAAUCCUUCAAAAUCAAGAAACAUCCGUUGUACAAAUCACCAACAAAAGUGAGAAAGACAAGGCUAUAUAUCAAAUCAUAUGUGAAGGUCAGUCCACCAUCAAGGAGGAUGAACAGGCAUCAGAUUAUCGUCCAAGAGGUUCCUUUGGUUUUCCACGUUGGCUUGAGGUCACACCAGCAGCUGGCACAAUCAACCCUGAUCAAUCUAUCGAGGUCUCAGUACAUCAUGAAGAUUUCCACACCCUGGAGAAGUGUGUGGAUGGGAUCCCACAUAGCUGGUGGAAUGAAGACACCCGAGAUAAGGAAGUGGUUUUGCUGGUCAUUGUACGAGGCAAUCGCUCCACCGAGACAAGAAAUCAUCAAGUUCUAGUCCGUCACUGCUUCUCAGCCAAGGCAGUCCGGAAUGAUUCAAAGGGUAACAGUUAUAGAAGAACUCAAGGAAAUUCUCACGGAGGUUCCCAGCGGUCUGCGGUUCGGCACUAUAGCGAUGUCUCAGAUAAUGAUGAUGACUUUCGAAGUCUGCGUGGUCCUUGAAGGUACAACAAAUGGAUGAAUAUUCGGCAGAAAUGGAUGCAUGCAUCGGAUGAGGAGGUAGCGUUGAGGGAAUGCUAUCUGAUGCCAAGAUUCAUUUUCCUCUUCGGACUACGCUGGGUCAGUCUCUUGAUGUAAAUACUCAUGGUACAGAUUUAAUUCAUUCAUCAUCACUUCUUGUGUUUAGUAUCAGGUCCAUUUUUUUUUUUAAUUCUUUUAACUGUAUUCUUUUCUAGUCAAAACACAUUGUAAUUUUCUUGGACAAACUGUUUGUUCAAUAAUGUAAAGAAAAGGAAAUAUUACAAGCAGCAGAAGGAAGGUGUCUAGAUUGUUGAACAAGUAAAA